CCCCCCUUUACAUUGAGAUAAAAUACAUGAUAGCCAUUGUGCCUAAACAAGAACAAGAGAAUACACCUUCUUUUCAGCCUUCUCUUAUAGACAGUAGUAGCAGUAGUGCCAGUAGUGAGGAACCAUUAACACCCAUACCCAACACAGAGAACGCGUUACAAAUCAAAGAAGAGGAGCAUGAUAAGCCACCUAUGAUACCAGAAGGCAACCGUUGGUGUCAACGAUGUGGUACUAUAGAAACACCGCGUUGGCGAUAUGGUCCAGCUGGUUCUUCAACGUAAGUACAAUGUCCUUUUUUUUUAUGCAAGUGUCUUAUAGGAUUAGAUUAUGUAAUGCAUGUCAUUUGCGAUGGAAAAAUCAAGGUAGACCUGCUGAAGGGUAUAGUUCAACUACAUUUCCUCCUCCUCAUUAUUCGCCAUCUUGUUUAAAACGAAAACGAUCCCUAAAAUCAACCGUCAAAUCAAAAAAGAUCAAAACAGAAGGCAUGGAUCUCAACCUGUUAUCUUCAGACAAGUGCGCCUGUUGUCUCAAGACAGAGACACCUACAUGGCGUAAAGGACCAUCAGGCAAGACACUCUGUAAUGCAUGUGGCCUUAAAUGGGCAAAAGAAGAUACAGCCAAACCUGCUUCUUCGUUAUCCUCUUCUUUCUCAUCUCUAUCUAUCUCUAAACGAGUCCUGCUUCAUCAUAAAAAACAUUACAUUCAACACGGUCUCUAUUCAGAAGAAACGCGACUGGGACAUGCGAAACAACCUUUUUCGUUUCCUUUGCCUAUCCAUCAAGGUGAAUUCAUUCUUUCUAAACUCGUCCAUUUUGAAUUACCAGCCGAUAUUCUUCAAGAACGUGAAUUGGGCCUCAUCAAGGGUCUACAACAACGUAUGCCUUCAUUCACCCGUAUUCGAUCCAAUAUAUUUGUUGAACGCAAACCUCAGACGAGUGUGGAGCCUGUCGUGUGUCACUGUGUUAAACCAGCCAAUGACCAACCAGGUUGUGGUGAUGAUUGUAUUAACCGUAUGUUGUUCUAUGAAUGUGACCCUAAGACGUGUCCCUGUGGCGACCAAUGCACCAACCAACGAUUUCAGCGUAAAGAAAGAAAAAAGGAACUACAGAUCUUUCAGACCAAGAAUCGUGGCUGGGGUCUGCGUAGUAUGGUGGAUAUCAAAAAAGGUGAUUUGGUGAUUGAGUACCGAGGCGAGAUCAUUUCCCAUCAACUAUGUGAAGAACGCAUGUGUACCAUCUAUGUGAACGAAAAGAACUUUUACUUUUUAGACUAUUGUAAUGGUGAAGUGAUUGAUGCUUGUUAUAAAGGAACAGAAGCCAGGUUUAUUAACCACAGUUGUGAUCCUAACUGUCACAUUGAGAAAUGGUCGCUGCGUGGUGAAUCUCAUUUUGGUGUGUUUGCUUCAAGAGAUAUUCCAGCUCUUUCAGAAUUAUUUUAUGAUUAUAAUUUCUCUACAUUUAAUGGUUCAGUGGAGAGUCAACAGCCAUGCUAUUGUGGUGCUGUCAAAUGUAGAGGCACAAUAGGAAGAAAAGCAUCUUCGAAAAAAAAAUUAUCUUAAAUAAACUGCUUACGAUAAAAA